AAACAGGAACACACUGGGCGGCUUGUAACCAGAAAUCACGGUUGCAAUCAGCUGGAGAGCAGGGAGAGAAAAAUCCUCCAGGAAAAAGUAGCGGAGAUUCGUCACCACUAAGGCCGGGAUUGGAGCUCCGAUUCCCGGGUGGAGACUAGAACUCUCGGUGUGUUUGAUCCUCUGGAGGUAGACAGGCGGAGGAAAAGAGGGGAGACAGAUGGAAAGAUGGAGACCCCAGUGUUAACAGAAUAGUUGAACAAAGCUCAGGUUGGGAACGCUAAGCUGAGAAACUUCCAGAACCAUGAAGCAGACAUUAUUAAAUCUAUCGGCCAACGGGCGCCUCAUCGCCGGCCUGCUGGUCAACCUGCUGUCCUCCAUCUGCAUCGUCUUCAUCAACAAAUGGAUCUACGUCCACUACGGCUUCCCCAACAUGACCCUGACUCUCGUUCACUUCGUGGUCACAUGGCUGGGGCUCUACGUCUGCCAAAAGAUGGACAUUUUCGCCCCGAAAAGCCUCCCGAUUCGCAGCAUUGUGUGGCUGGCUCUGAGCUUCUGUGGGUUCGUGGCGUUCACCAACCUCUCGCUGCAGAAUAACGCCAUAGGAACGUACCAGCUGGCCAAAGCCAUGACCACACCCGUCAUCAUCCUCAUCCAGACCACAUACUACAAGAAGACCUUCUCCACCAAGAUCAAACUCACACUGGUUCCCAUCACAUUAGGGGUGAUAUUGAACUCAUACUUUGACGUGAGGUUUAACAUGCUGGGGACGGUGUUUGCAACGCUGGGAGUCCUCGUGACGUCGCUGUACCAAGUGUGGGUCGGAGCUAAGCAACACGAGCUCCAGGUGAACUCCAUGCAGCUUCUGUACUACCAGGCUCCCCUGUCGUCAGGCUUCCUGCUCUGCGUCGUUCCCAUGUUCGAGCCGCUGACUGGAGACGGAGGGAUAUUUGGACCCUGGUCUCUGCCUGCACUGGCGACUGUGCUGUUCUCGGGUGUUGUGGCGUUCCUGGUCAACCUGUCCAUCUACUGGAUCAUCGGAAACACCUCGGCUGUCACCUACAACAUGUUUGGACAUUUCAAAUUCUGCAUCACUCUGGUUGGAGGAUACUUGAUCUUCCACGACCCGAUAUCAAUCAACCAGGCGUUGGGGAUCCUCUGCACUCUGGCUGGUAUUUUGUCUUACACUCAUUUCAAGCUGGCCGAACAGGAGGAGGGGAAGAGUCGCCUCACUCAAAGACCAUAGGCUGACGCACCUGUCAAUCAUCUGCACGGACUCCUGCCAUUGGCCAACGCCUGCAGAGAACUCUUUAUAUAUAAAAAAAAGUAUUUUUCUAGAAGAGUGAAGAUUUUCAUCGCUGUUCACCAACAUUUCAACGCUUUUCACGUGGAUCUUUGAUCAACAAAACACAUUUUUUAAAGGGAAACUGGAUGCUGGGAAUAGAAGGCUUUCUUGACUUAAUGAGACUUUAAAAUGACAAAGCACAUGCAGUAAAUGAACAUUUUUCAAACUGACUUUAAUUCGAAACCACAUUUUUUUCAUGCAAUCAAUUAUUGUAUUGAGACAAUAGUCCAAUUACUUUCAAGCUGUUCCUGUAUAUUAUUCAUCAAUCAAUCAGUAUUUUCUACACUUUUGAGCCAAAUAACAAAUAACGUCACCGAUCAAAAGCUAAUAAAUAAUAGGUUUAAUGGUUUCACAGUAUUUUAGUGUUUAUCCUGCUCUUAGUCGCGUUCAGUGUUAUUUUUAUUUAUGUUUUCCUAAUUAUUUCACAUGUUUGUAUCAGUUUUUUCUACAGGAAGUGAUGAGGAUUUCCAUCUUUCCCACCUAGCUGUGAUUUCUACUUCAGAUUACAAAACGUUUACAAUUGUCAUUUCACUUCGCCGUGUUGAACAUGCUCGGUCUGCUGAAUAAAAACUGAUGUAAUGACA